GAGCAUAGCGCGCGGCCUGUUUUUCUGGUAGCAUUAGCACCAUUAGCUUUUGGGAACCAUUUGAACCGGAGCAGCAGAGAAACUGACAGACCCGUUAAAGUACCGCUGAAAACACCGCCGGAACGCGAUUGUCAUCGAGUUGACCGUGUGUUUACAUAUCUGGGAGUGACCGUUUGAGAAGCACCUCUUGACUUCAGUACAGGAGAUUGGGGCUUAGGGUCAUGGCAGGAAGAGGUGGAGCAACGAGACCUAACGGGCCGAACGCCGGCAACAAAAUCUGUCAGUUCAAACUAGUGCUCCUGGGAGAGUCCGCUGUGGGGAAGUCAAGUCUAGUCCUUCGCUUUGUAAAAGGACAGUUUCACGAGUUUCAGGAAAGCACAAUAGGAGCUGCCUUCUUGACUCAGACAGUAUGUUUGGAUGACACAACAGUGAAGUUUGAGAUCUGGGACACAGCUGGCCAGGAGCGUUACCACAGUCUGGCCCCAAUGUAUUACAGAGGAGCGCAGGCUGCCAUAGUGGUGUAUGACAUUACAAAUGAAGAAUCAUUUGCACGUGCGAAAAACUGGGUGAAAGAGCUUCAGAGACAAGCCAGUCCAAAUAUUGUAAUAGCUUUGGCUGGAAACAAGGCAGACCUUGCCAACAAGAGAGCGCUGGACUUUCAGGAUGCACAGUCAUAUGCAGAUGACAACAGUUUGCUCUUUAUGGAAACAUCGGCAAAGACUUCAAUGAACGUGAAUGAGAUUUUUAUGGCCAUUGCAAAGAAAUUACCCAAGAAUGAGCCCCAGCCUGCAGGUGCCAGCACAGGACGCAACAGAGGUGUGGAUCUAACAGAAACGGCACAGCCCACGAAAGGUCCCUGCUGUAGCAAUUAAACAGCGACGGUCCUCACCUCCUAACCAACCGCAUCACAUCUGGACAUGGGGCUCCUCCUUCCAAACCUCGCUCCUUGGAUUAGCUAAAGACUCUGUAUAGCUGUGUUUCUAAUACUUUUUUUUACUUUUUAUUUUUAAGAAAAAAAAAUAUGUAAAUCAGCAGUCUACUGGAUGCAUGUAUCACUACAAAUGCUAAAUACACAUUUUAACUUAAUUCAGCAGGAGAACAAACCCGGAUGAAAGCGCGCGAGAGAGAGAGAGAAAUAUUAGUGUGUUUGUAUGCGUUUAGUAUGUGGAACUGAUUACCUUAUAACCAGGCCCAGGCGCAAUCUGCAGACGUUUUCUGCGAAAAUGGAUUAAAACAAUGUGUUAAACGAAGCUAUCCUUAGUGGUAACUGUAAGCAUAAUCAAAUCAAAUUAGCAAACUAAUAAACUUCAUGAAUGCAUUACA